ACCUAGUCACGUAGGUAGUUUUAACGUUUUCACAUGUGAAAGGGAGAAGGCACCAUGCCACCAGUCCUGCACUGUGGCCCGCAAUGCGGGGGGGUUUACCCCAGCCUUUCCUUCCCGCGGCUCUUGAGCCGAGGAGAUUCACCAGGCAAUGCCGUCAUGCCGCCAUGCCGGCCGGAUUCCCACAUGUUAGAUGCAACGGCGCAUCUCAUCCCAGCGCUGCCAACUCCAUCCAAUCCGUCUUUCAAAAUCAGCCCGACCUACUCGCACCCUGGUCUGCCAUUGAGAUAUCUAUGCUCACGCCAGGCUGUAAUCCCUCCCACGAAGCCGAUGAGGUAGUGUGGCUCGACCCGUCCUUUCCGACCCAACGCCUUCACCCUCACAAACUGCCGAGGCAACAAUGUCGGGCACUCUCGAGAGCUUCAAGGCCACCGCCGAAGCCAUAAUCCUCAACCCCCGAUACCAUGAUAUCCUAGCCGUGCUCAAGGCCGCCCGCAAUGGCGCUGUCUACGGGACCAAAGUGCGGUUUCCGCACGCGCUUGUGAUGAUCUUUCUCUUCCGCUCAGGAACUUUCCGAGAGAAGCUCUGGCUCGUCUUCCGCGCGACGCGCACGCACGCCCGCAACCUCGCAAAGUUCGCGGCCAUCUACAAGGCGACGUGCGUGCUUCUGAAGCGCUACGGCGCGACCCCGGGCAAGGAGGGCGCCUACGACACCUUCCUCGCCGGCCUAGUAGGCGGCUACGUCGUGUUCGGGCGGCGGUCCAAGCGGUCGGGCAAGGUCAGCAGCGUGAGCCAGCAGAUCGUCAUCUACGUGUUCGCGCGCGUGGUCCUCGCGCUGGCGCGCCUGGCCGUCAAGCCCGGCCGCGGCCUCCCGGUCCUGUCAAGCCCGGGCCCCAGCGCCCUCGUCGGCCGGUACGCCUGGCCCGUGUUCGCGUCGGCGUCGUGGGGGAUGGUCAUGUACCUGUUCAGGUGGCACGCCGCCGAGCUGCAGCCCAGCCUGCGCGGGAGCAUGACGUACAUCUAUACCAAUUCGGAGCACUGGGACGGGUUGAGGAAUUUUGUGGUGCAUAACAAAUAGAUCCGGGUGGAAGUGGUGGUGGGGGAGGGGGAUGGGGGGCAGAGGAGGAGGGAGUUUGGGGAUGUGGAUUCUAGACACAUGCAUUGGCGUUUUGGUAUCGGUUUAUUAUAUAUAUGUGUGUGUAUGUUUUUUAUCUUACUCGAAACAUGGGGCGGCAAGAUUUACUGUACAGAAGUGUAUUUAAAUGCUGGAUAUCCUAGACCAAUUGCGCCUCCGUUUUUAAGAUCCUCAUUUGUAAACCCCGUGGCACCAGGAUGCUAAUUAACCCGCCGUCAAACCCC